CAACUAGAGCCAUCAAAUAUCACUUGUAAGCCUCGUUGCAUAAAAACAAUUUACCUCUAUUUUCCGUUUCCAAUUUCCAUGGCCCCAGUCCCCAUUUCUCCCCUCAAAAUUGGGCAUAUAGAUGAUGUCCAAGAACUUAGAAAAUCCAAGUCCAAAAUCCCUGAAAGAUUUCUGAGGGACAUAACUGAGAGGCCAACUCUGGUCACUCCUGAAUCCUCAUCAUCACUUAGUGACAUUCCCAUCAUAGAUUUCUCCAAGCUUUCAAAAGGAAACAAAGAUGAACUUGUUAGUGAGCUUGUGCGGCUUUUGACCGCCUGCGAGGAGUGGGGAUUUUUUCAGGUGAUAAACCAUGGAAUUGAGCUCAGUUUGUUGGACAAAAUGGAGAAGGUGGCCAAGGAGUUUUUCAUGUUACCUUUCGCGGAGAAGCAGAAGUAUCCGAUGGCCCCCGGGACGGUUCAGGGAUAUGGGCAGGCUUUUGUUUUCUCAGAGGACCAAAAGCUAGAUUGGUGCAACAUGUUUGCUCUUGGGGUUGAGCCAAAGUUUAUGAGGAACCCAAAACUCUGGCCAACAAAGCCUGAAAACUUCAGUGAAACUGUUGAGGCUUAUUCAAGCGAAGUAAGGAAAUUGUGCCAAAGUCUACUGAAAUACAUAGGCAUGACUCUUGGCCUAAAAGGGGAUGUACUUAAUGAGAUGUUUGGUGUGGCUGUGCAAGCUGUAAGGAUGAACUACUACCCUCCAUGUUCUAGACCUGACCUUGUUUUGGGCCUAAGCCCACAUUCAGAUGGAAGUGCUCUUACAGUUUUGCAAGAAAGAAAAGGAAGCUCAAUAGGACUCCAAAUCCUCAAAGACAACAGAUGGGUGUCAGUUCAGCCAAUCCCAAAUGCACUUGUUAUAAACAUUGGGGACACCAUAGAAGUUCUUACAAAUGGAAAGUACAAGAGUGUGGAACACAGAGCAGUGACUCACAAGCACAAGGACCGUCUCUCGAUCGUCACCUUCUACGCUCCGAGCUACGAAAUCGAGCUUGGCCCGAUGCCCGAACUGGUGGAUGAAAACAACACAUGCAAGUUUAGAAGAUACAACCAUGGGGAGUACAGUAAGCACUAUGUGACAAACAAGUUGCAAGGCAAGAAGACACUGGAGUUUGCCAAGAUUCAAACCAACAACUCAAACUAAGCCCCACUUACUCUCACCCCAUGUUGAAAUUCCCAUCAUUAGCAACUAGCAUCAUUCAUAUAUAUACUUACAUAUAUAUAUAUAUAUAUAUAUGUAUGUAUGUAUGUAUAUGAGGAAAAAUAGAAUGUUUUAUUAGACUUUUUUAUUUUUAUUUUUAGUUCUCUCAAUCUUGUAAGUAGGAAAGAUAGGGGUUGAGGGGUUUGCUUAUGUCAAAGUAGAGCCUUAAAUUAUUGGUAUUGGGCAGUACUGUAUGGAUGUAACCAAUUAAUGAAGCUUGUGGGGUCUUUGUGCUUAUAA